GAUAUACCUCACGAAACGAUGACGAGGUACACGAAUGUUUGGUUGUUGGUCGCGAUUUGCGUGACGACGACGGUGCACGGGCUCGUACGGGACAAGUCGAACCGCGAGGCGAUGAUCGAGACGAUGCCGGGUUACACGGUGCUCACCAAAACCGAUCUACUGAAUUCGACGGAGUGUCGUAUCGAGAUGGAGCAGUUACGAGACGCCAUUGACCGUGGUGUACUGUGGGCCUUGAAAAUUUUGGACAUGAGCGGGAUGCCGACGAGCCACUUCGUUCAACAGGGCAACUAUUGGGUGGGAAGUCGUUUGGGGUGCCAGUACUUGAACGAGAAGAGAAAGCUACCGGUGUCGGCCCAAGAGGAGAGAAACAACUCGCUCUACCGCGACACGGAACACGAAUUUCCACCCUUUCCUAUACGAUACUACGUCGCCCAGUUUCAUCAUAACAGCACCAUGCAGUACCACCUGGGACUGCAGGAAGAGAAUCAAAUGGUACUUGGACUCUGCUUGCCGGCGACCUGCACCACGGACGAGAUAGCCGUAGUAGUAGAGAAGAUCUUCCAUGAUAGAACACUCCUAGUUGGGAAACUCUAUGCCGCGGACUUUAAGUUGGACGAGGUCAAAGAUUUGAGAGACGACCAUCGGUGGCUCCUUGACGGCAAGCAUGUCGUGAUGAUACUCGCGUUACUGCUGGUGGCUGGCAUGACUGUUGCCGGCACGGUGUACGAUUUGUUCGUCUACCAAAAACGUUUGAAACGAAAACGGGAUUUCCUUGCUUUCGAGAACAACAACACAUCCGGUGAGUCGAUAGCCUCGAUUUGUAUAUACUGCUCGGGGAAUAAUUGGAGGUUCAUGGUGGGGAGUGACCUUGAACGGCCAAGUAACAUUAUCACGAACCCAUCGGAACUCUUCGAUUUCUUCGAGUAUACGAACACGAUCCAUCGAUUUUUCUUUCCGAAAUUGAAAAACAACGAUGCGGAGGCGAAACGCGAGCCCGAUCCCGAGAACGUUUCCAUUAGGGAUCUCCGGCCGCAGAGUACCAUAGGGAAAUUCCUGAUAUGUUUCUCCGGCUACUCGAAUCUGAAGCAAAUAUUCAACAUAGAGUCUGGAACGGAUAAUAUAGCGAUGUUGCACGGCGUGAAAUUCUUCGGAAUGACGUGGAUCAUAGCAGCGCACACCAUUUACUACGGGAGCAUUGCCGAAUUUAGUGUUUUACGAUUAACAAAUUUCUCGUAUUCAGGGGAUAGAACGACAGCUGUUAUGAUGACGAACGCAGCCUGGAUGCAAGUACUGACCAACGCGACGUACUCCGUGGACACGUUCUUCUGUGUGAGCGGAUUCCUACUGGGCAUGGUGUACCUGAAAUCGAUAAGGAAAGAGAAGCCAAACUUUACCUUUCGGAAUUUCACGAAAAUCUUCUUGUUGCAGUCCCUGAAACGAUUCAUCAGGCUUACACCCGCGUACGCGAUCGUGAUAAUAUUCACGAUAUUGAACUUCACCUCUUACGACAAAGUCUCGACGUUCCACUUCAUCGAGGAACCGGUCAAUUACUGCACGAAGUAUUGGUGGAGGAAUUUGCUCUACAUCAACAACUUCUACGACUGGAACGAACUGUGUUUCUCGUGGAGUUGGUACAUAGCCAAUGACAUGCAGUUCUUCAUGUUCGGCACGAUUUUGUUGGUGCUGUUUUCCACGCACUUUUUCAUCGCCGCGGGCGUGACCGCUGUCACGAUGCUCUCGUCUUGUAUAAUAAUCGGUUAUAAGGUGUACGUUCUCGAAUACGUUCCUACGCUCGACCAGUUGUACAAAACCCUGACGGUUAUCUACAUACGACCGUGGAUGAGGAUCGGACCAUUCAUAGUCGGGAUCCUUACGGCGAUCCUUCUUGAAAAAUGGAAAUAUAAAUUGAAUCUAUCGACGAAAGCCCGAAUCGCCGGUUGGACCUUUGGUGUAUUAUGCAACUGCUCGAUCCUUUUCGGAAUAGUAGACAAAAACAUACCUCUGGCUAUGAGUGUUCUUUACGUUUCCCUAAGCAGAACAUUCUGGGCUUUUGGAAUAGCGUGGCUGAUAAUUGCGUGUACCACGAACAACGGGGGUAUCGUGAAUAAAUUCUUGUCGCUUCGAGCCUGGAUACCAAUGGGCAGGCUAACGUUCUGUGCUUACCUCCUGAAUCCUUUUAUUCUGACCUCGAUUUUCAUGUACGGUAAUUACCCGGUUUACGUUGACUUCCUAAACACGACUGUCUUGGCUUUAGGAGUGCAUGCAAUGACUUACGCCUCUAGUCUUGUGCUUUCGGUGAUGGCGGAAGCGCCGGCUAUACUGUUACUGCGGUUGUACUUUAAUACUAAUAGAAGGAUGAAAUGAGUACCGUACACGUAUAGAUU